CCCAGGCGCUGUCAGCCACAGAGCAGGGAUUUGCAGACAGUAAUAGCCUUUUACCGUACGCGUCCAAUAUACCAGUGUGAUUGUCCAAAAAGCGUGACGUUCCCGGUUUGGUAUCUCAGGACUUCAUCUCAGUAAGACAUGGUGCAACGGGGACAUCUUGAAGAAACAGUUUCAUAAUUUUUUAGCGUGACACACACCCACCCUCUUCACACACAUGAACUUGGAUUUUAUGCUAAAUAAAAAAGGAAGAUGCCUGAAACAAUCACAGAGAGCAACACGUCUACGCUGUCGCGAGGAUCUUCGUUUUUUAUCGAGAACUUGCUUGGCUCAGAUCGCACCGAACCUCCUGCCUCUAAUCUCAAACACAUGUGUGAUGGCGAAGGACACAGAGAGAUGAAAAACAAGACAACGUAUCACCAUGAAGUGUGCCGUGCAGAAUCCAGCACAAACUCCAAAAUAGAGAUGUGCCCACCCUCGCCGUCGCCCUGGUAUGGAAGGGACUCCCUGAAUCUCGGGGCUGUCGAGAGAUCUGAUAGUCUGAAAGAGGAAACCCGAAGUUCUUACGAACAAAUCGACUCCGUCUGCAGCGACUGGGACUCCCCGUUGGUGUCUGAAACCCCAGGCAAAGACCACGUGCGCAAAACGGCUGACAGAGCUGAUGCACGAGAUGAAGCGCGACGGCUCUCGGAUGACCACUCGCCUCCUGACACCACCGAGUCCGGCUCAGUGAGAAAGAAGAAAACCCGGACCGUGUUCAGCAGGAGCCAGGUGUUCCAGCUUGAGUCCACAUUUGACGUGAAGCGUUACCUGAGCAGCUCGGAGCGUGCGGGCCUCGCCGCGUCCCUGCACCUCACCGAGACACAGGUGAAAAUCUGGUUUCAAAACCGGCGUAAUAAGUGGAAGAGACAGCUGGCUGCAGAACUCGAGGCUACCAACGCGUCGCACUCAUCUCAACGCGUCGUGCGCGUCCCCAUUCUGUAUCAUGAGAGCGCUACGCUCGGUCUCAAUGUGCCACAAGUGUCGCCUCCUAUCGUAGGUUUUACGAGUUCAGUGAGCUACCCACUCACUAAUUUCACUCACUCAGUGAGUCUGUUGAGAUCACAGCUAGCAGGACUUGUCUAACUUCAUGGACUAACUUCAUGAACAAUCAGGCUUAUCUUGUCACUGAAGUGCAAUAACACACACGGCUGCACAAAACUAUGCAUCCAUCCAAAGAAGUCAAAUAUUCUGAUAAAACAGCAAAUCCCCCAGCCUAACUAUGAAUGAAUACUUAGUGUUGGAUUGUCUUCCAGAUGUGUACAAAUGACCAAAUAAAUAGGCUUUACCUCUUUUGUUGUCCCUCUGGGGAACCAUUACAUGUUCUCUGUAGAACCUCUAAAUGUGUUUCCCUUUUUGAAAGAAUUAAUAGUUCAAUGAGCCUUUUUGUAAGCGUGCACAAUUUAUUAAACAAUGGAAGUUUUACUGUGUAUAUAACAGAGUAUUUUAUUUGCAUUGUUAUUUCUAAUCUCUAAAAUAGUCUAUGCAUGGGGAAUCAGGCCCUCCUAUUGGCCUAUAUGUAUUUAUUUAAGACUUU